AUGCCAUCCCAUACCACCCCUCUUCUAGCAAACGACUCCUCCUCUACCCACUCCUCAACCGCCUCCUCCAAUUCCUCCAUCGCUCGAAACCGCAAACGAAAUGUCCAGCGCUAUGUAGCGUUUACCUCCGCCAUCGUAUCUUGUCUCUGCGCGGGCUCGAUCACUACAUACUCGCUGUACGGCCAUCUAUUCCAAGAACGACUGCACUAUACUCAGUUACAGGUUAACUAUGUUAUCAUUGCCGCAGAACUGGCGCUAUACCUGCCGGUUUCCGUGCUAGGCUAUUUAUGCGAUCGUGUUGGCCCGGCGCCUCUCUCGUUCCUCUCUGCGAUUCUGUUCAGUCUUGGAUAUGGUCUUGCGGCGUUCACGUAUAGAAGUGGUGCGAAGGAUAUCAUGGGUCAUACGAUUGCGAGAGGCUGGCCUCUGUGGGUUAUGAUUACUGCGUUUGUGGUUGUAGGGUUGGGGACGACCUGCAUGUAUCUCUCUGCGGUGACUACAUGUGCGAAGAACUUUGGGAAGGGGAGGUACCGGGGCAUUGCGUUGGCUAGUCCGAUUGCUGCGUUUGGACUCAGUGGGAUGUGGCAGGCUCAGGUUGGGAGUCGGAUUCUAUAUGAGAAAAGACCUGGCUCGAAGGGUGACGUGGAUGUCUUCAAAUACUUUGUAUUCCUGGCCGCGACAUUGCUUGUAGUCGGGCUGGUAGGAAGUGUCUUCUUACAAGUCGUGGAUGAGGAUGAAUUGAUAGAUGAAGCAGUGGAAGAGCUGGAGCGAAGUGGACUGCUGGAAGACAGUGCCUUCUUUAGACGUAGUGGGAGAAGCUAUGGCACCUUGGGGGAGCUUUCGGAUGACGAGUUGGAAGAAACCCGGAGACAACAGGAUAUCAAGUCUCGGGAGGAAGAAGAGGCUAGAAAGAAGACGUGGCUAUUAAACGAGGAAACUUCGAGGUUCUUGAAAGACAAGACCAUGUGGUUCCUUGCGGCUGGCUUCUUCUUUGUUUCUGGCCCAGGUGAAGCCUUUCUCACAAACCUUGGAACAAUCAUCGGCACGCUCUAUCCGCCAACAGAGACCCCAACAACCUCAGCAGCAACCCACGUCUCUAUUGUAGCAAUAACAUCCACCAUAGCUCGCAUAGCAUUCGGAACUCUAACCGAUGUCUUCGCACCCGCCACAACCGGCCACCCCAACCAAUCCCUCAGCAACUCCCUCUCCUCUCUCCCACCCCGCGACACCCACAAACCCUUCUCCAUCUCCCGUGUCGCCUUCCUAAUCCUCACCGCCCUCCUCCUCUCCCUCGGCCAAGUAAUCCUCGCCUCAGGCCUCAUCCAAAACCACGGCGAACGCUUCUGGAUCGUCUCCACCCUCAUUGGCACAGGCUACGGUGCCAUCUUCUCCCUCACCCCGCUCAUCAUAACCGUCAUCUGGGGCGUCGAGAAUUUCGGCACGAAUUGGGGGAUCGUAGCGAUGGUCCCGGCAUUCGGGGCUAGUGUCUGGGGAAUUGUGUAUAGUACUGUGUAUCAAUGGGGCGCGAAGAUGAAUGAAGGUGUAGAGGGUAUGGAGGAGGAUGUGUUGUGUCAUGGGAAGAGGUGUUAUGAGGGGAGUUUUUGGGCGAUGGCUGUUAGUGUUUGGAUUGGAUGUGCGCUUUGGUGGUGGGCUUGGAAGGGGAGGGGUGGGUGGAGUAGGAGGGGGAUUGCUGUAUAA